GAGUUUGACAGAGAAAUACAGAUACUGCGGAGCGGUUUAUCUGAAAAAAAGGGGAAAUAAAAAUCUCUAUAAAUACCUGAGAAUACACACGCGUACUUAAAAACCCUCAGAGCAUAUAGUAUCAUCCAGGGAUUUAAAUUAUCCAUUGAUCAGGUCAUGUGUCUUGCAAUUCUGUAGAGAAAUCCAGGCGCAAAUCAUUUUUAAAAGAUGGCGUCUUCAGAUGACGAGGGUGAACCUGUUCUUCAUUCUGUCACAGACUACAACUUUGUUGAUGGCAGUGAUGAUCCCGUUUCGUUUUCGGAGUUACCUGUUCAGUGGAGUGAUGGUGAGAGAACCGGGGGUAAACAGAAGCAGAUAUUCAUGCAUGGGUCUAUUGAUAAUGGGCUUCAGAAAAUAUAUAAGCAGGCUGAAGCGUGGAAGUUUGAACUUUCCAAUAUGAAACCUGAAAUAUCAUUACUCAUAUCGAAGGAAAAUAAUUGGAUGAAGCUUGAAAAGCCAAGAAAGAGUCAUGAAAAUAUAUUUAGAACAAUUUUGAUUACUCUACAAUCCUUACAUUUUUUGAGAAGAAAUCCAGAGGCAUCUGGGAGAGCUUUAUGUGAGCACCUAUGUAAAGUUUUCAGGUUCGAGCCUGGUCCUUGUGAAAAUGAUUUGGUGGAUCACGCCAGUUUAAUAUCUGAAGCUGUUAAGAGGGAUGAAGGACUAGCUAAAGCUAAGAUUUUAACUACAUUCCUGGACAAGGAUCCCAAGAAAUGGAAUUUUUUUGACAAGUCACAGGAUGCAGAAGCUAGUACUACAACAAAGCCUGCAUUUAUAGUUGAUGAUGAUAUCAUUGAUGAAACUGAAGAAGCGGAAUCUGAUGAUGAGGAGCAGGGUGAUAAAGUUUGUGCAAUUUGUGAUAAUGGUGGUGACAUAUUGUGUUGUGAAGGCAAGUGUCUAAGGUCAUUUCAUGCAACUGAAGAAGCUGGUCUGGAUUCAGAUUGUGUAUCACUUGGUUUUUCUGACGAACAAGUGGAGGCAAUACAGAACUUCUAUUGUAAGAAUUGCAGAUAUAAAUGUCACCAAUGCUUUUCUUGUGGUAAGCUGGGGUCAUCCGACGACAAAUCUUCUGAUUGUGAGGUCUUUCGCUGCGUAUCCGGGGAAUGUGGUCGAUUUUAUCAUCCACAUUGUGUUUCGAAGUUGUUACACCCUUCUAGGGAAUUCGAAGCUAAAGAGCUUGAGGGGAAGAUUAGCAGUGGGGCAUCAUUCACAUGUCCAUUUCACAAAUGCUGCGUAUGCAAACAGACAGAAACCGAGGGGGAUCCUGAAUUGAGGUUUGCAAUGUGUAGACGUUGUCCAAAGUCUUACCACAAGAAAUGUUUACCAAGAGAAAUUGUUUUUGAUGGGUCGGAUGAUGCGGAUGAUGUUUUACCUAGAGCAUGGGAAAAACUUAUGCCAAAGAAGCGCAUAUUAAUAUAUUGCUUAGAACAUGAAAUUGACGAGGAACUUGCCACUCCUUUGAGAAAUCACAUAAAAUUUCCAAAUGUGAGAAAGCAAGCUUCAGAAAUGGUGUCAAGCAAAGAAAAAGUUCCAAUGAAGAAAAAAGAUCUUGUAGUAGGAGAUGAUUCAAGAAAGAGAAUAGUGAAGCCAACUAUUGGCAGAGAUAAAGUGUGUAGUGCAGCCAAACAGGGUGUUCCUUUAAGAAAAGGUGUUGGAAAAGUUACUGAGGUAGCUUCUUCAAGAAAAACAAAAGUUAAGGAUCUCUCUCGGAAGCCUUUGAGCAAGACAUCCUCAAUGGUCAAGUCCACCCAAAACAAACGAAAGCCUUCCUUAGGAUUAAGCUUAUUUAGCUUGAUGAAUCCAGGUCCUGAACCAUCUGAAGAUAAUGCUGCAGCUGAUGGUGAACAUGGUCGGAUCUCUACUGUUAAGUCUGUUGCAAGUGAAGCAAGUGGAUUACCCCCUCUAGAAGCCGACUCUGAAAGCAGAAUAUUGGCCUUGAUGAAAGAUGCAACAUCUUCAAUAACACUGUCUGAGAUCACUGAAAAGCACAAAGUGCCAACCACACAUGCUUACUCGUCAAAACAUGCUGUUGACAGAACCAUUACCAUGGGGAAGGUGGAGGGUUCUGUCGAGGCUCUCCGCGAAGCUGUGAAGAAGCUAGAAGAAGGGGGAAGUAUUGAAGAUGCAAAGGCUGUUUGUGGGCCAGGCCUUUUAAAUGAAAUGAUGAAGUGGAAGAGCAAGCUUCGUGUAUAUCUUGCACCAUUUCUACAUGGCAUGCGUUACACAUCAUUUGGUAGGCAUUUCACGAAGAUUGACAAGCUUGAAAAGGUAUUGAGAUGCAAGAUGAUCUGUGGUGUAAUUAUGCACAUUUCUAAAGAAGUUUUUUGGAAUCUGAUUAGAAGAAUAUGUUUACAGGUUGUUGAUAAGCUUCAUUGGUAUGCUGAAGACGGGGACAUGAUUGUUGAUUUCUGUUGUGGUGCAAAUGACUUUAGCUGUCUCAUGAAAAAAAAGCUCGAGGAUGCUGGGAAGAAAUGUUACUUCAAGAACUAUGAUGUCAUGCAACCAAAGAAUGAUUUCAAUUUUGAGAAGAGGGACUGGAUGACCGUUGAUCCAAAUGAAUUGCCAUCAGGGUCAAAAUUGAUAAUGGGGCUAAACCCACCUUUUGGUGUCAAGUCUGCUCUUGCAAACAAAUUUAUCGAUAAGGCUCUCAAAUUUAGGCCGAAACUUAUUGCUCUUAUUGUUCCUCCAGAGACUGAAAGGUUAGAUACAAAAGAUCCUCCAUAUGACUUGGUUUUUGAGGAUAGUGAAUUACUGGCUGGCAAGUCCUUUUAUUUGCCAGGCUCUGUUGAUGUAAAUGACAAACAAAUGGACCAGUGGAAUGCGAAGCCUCCACCACUGUCCUUUUGGAGCCGGAAGGACUGGACUGAUAAACACCAUGUGAUUGCUAAAAAGUAUGGUGACUUGCACACGAGGCAAGAAAUAUUGAAGAGGGAUGAUACUUUCAAAGAUUUGUACACCCAUGAGUAUCCACCAGAGGAUAAAAGGCUUUCUAAGGAUAUCCCCAUGCAGUCAUAUACAACUGAAAAGGCUGAACAACGAAAAGAAACAGCAACCAGUGUGGCAGAGAGUCACAAAGAAGGGCUCCUUUCUAAUUUAGGUGGUUCAGGAUGUGAGAUAAACGACAGGCGCAAGAAUCAAUUUGAUGAGAAAUCAAUUAAGAAAUGCGGUGAUGAAAACCAGAGAUUAGGAUCAGGUGAGUUAUUACAGGAGCAAAAAUGGAGAAGAGGAUCAGAUGCAACAUCACUAGAAGACAAACAGAAAAAGCGAGGAUCAAGUGGCGUAUUAGUGGAAGACAAACAGAAAUUAAAAGCAUCUGGUGAGAUGUUGCAGGAGGACAAGAAGAAAAUAGGGGGAUCAGGUGAAUCUUCUUUGGAAAAACUGAGGCAAAGGGGACCGGUUGAGGUAUUCUCAGAGGACAGGAAUAAAAUUGGAGAAUCAGUUAAAAGGUCGGUAGAACUGAGAAAGACUAGGACAGACGAGAUAUCUAUGGACAAAAAAAGAAAAGGUUCACAUGACAUAUCACCAGACGGUAAAAAUAAAAGAAGAGAAAUUAAUGAGGUGGAGGUCAGACAUGAUAGAAGAGGAUCACAUGAGAUAUCACCAGACGACAAAAAAAUAAAAGGGUCAUAUGAGAUGUCCCCAGAGGUCAGACAGAAAGUAAUCGGGUCACGGGAAUUAUCACCAAUUGGAAUGCAGAACAGCAGUUUUCUGCGUCGCCAAUAUCAGCCCUUGGAGACCACUUCACUUGCAGGCAUUCAGCCCGAAAAGUAUCAGCACUUUGAUGUUAGGGUACCUGGAUCACAGCAGUUUGGAGCAAGAUAUGAUGGGGUAAGGGAGGAUGCCAUGCCCUAUAGGUACGAAGCUAUACAUGACAAUCAUUAUCAAAGCUCAUUGUAUGAAAAUAGGAUUUCAGAAGCGCAGUUUCCAGGAUAUCAGAGGGAGGGCAUUGAUUAUCAUGGUUAUAUGCCACACAUUGAGAAUCCGCCAUGUCAAAGAAGCGGCUAUUUUGGUAGCCAUGAUCCUAGAAUUACCACUCCAUAUGAGAAUUUUGGCCCAGCUACUAAUCUAUCAUAUAAUAGAAACACCACGUCAGCAACACAGCGGUAUGCCCCUCGGCUUGAUGAGUUAAACCAGCCUAGAGCAAACAAUAUAGGGCCUGAUCCAGCUUUUCCGACAGGUGGUGUGUAUGAUCCUCGGGCACCCAGACAAUACUUGGACCCGAAUGGAUAUCCUCCUGGUCCUUAUUUCAGGCAGUAAUUCAGAAGGGGUGCUGCAUAAGUGCCUUAAAGAAGCUUAACUGUAUCUUGGACAUGGCUGUUGUUUGAACAUAGCUUUUCCAGAUCAUAUUUGUGGAUUAACCUUUAGAACACUUGUCAUAUUGCUGUGCAUUAACUUGUUAUAUUGCUAGGGGCAAGAAUGUUGACAUUUUUUUAUUAUCAUUUCAUUUCUCAUUUUUUCA